UCUUGCGUUUAGUAACACAAGAUCGUCUACUGGAGUGCAGUACGAUUCAAAGCACCGUGGAAGGCGCAUUGGUAAAGUCGCUAAUCCCAAGUUGCAUAUAGAUAUAGUCGUACUACUUUGUGUCUUUAACGAAACGACUCGUAGCAGUGAAUUUGCUCCAAAUUGUGGCAUUCGGUGGGUGAGUUCGCACGUGGUUGAAUGAUCGGCAUACAUGCAUUAAGCACGACCCACGUAUUUUCCGUCCGUAUAGUGGUGCUAGUUGAUCGAACCUAAGCGGCGCGAUCACACACAAGAGAUCAACAAGAAAGAAAGAGAAGAGUUAUAGGGGGAAGAAAAGGGCGGCACACGCACGAAAAAAGAAGCGAUCGAGUGAACGGAACAGAGAGAAAGAUCGGGGACAAGAUACGAAAUUGCGAGGGCAGCCGAAGACCGUGAGACGAAGAAGGAAACUAGUUAAGGAGUAACAUAGAAAGAGACAGCAACAGAAAUCUCAUUUCGACCGAGUAACUAGCCACAAGCAAGAUGAGCUGCUGCACGAGUGCUCCGAUUGUAACCCAAACCUGUGAGACUCUUCUGAGCAAGUGCGAAGUGCCGAUCAUCGACCUCGCUCACAUGGGGACUGAGAGAUGUCCUCAGAAGGGUGUCGUGAAGCAAGUAGCUUCGAAGCUGCUAAGGGCGCUGUCCGAGAAAGGACUGGCCUUGCUCGUCAACCACGGCAUUCCAGAAUGCAAGAUGAAAGCAGCUUACAGAGCUUUCGAUGCAUUCUGCGAACUCCCAGAGGAAGUGCGAACCAAGUACGAACGCAAUGAGAGCAACUACGGAUACGUGAAACCAGGACCAUCAAAAUACACCGAUGAGAAAGAAGCUCGACAUGUUUUCAAUGUGACCGGACGCGAGGGACCUCUUCCGGACGAGGAAGUACCUGGUUUUAAAUCGGCGGUCGACGAACUUGCUCGUGACUUCAAGCAACUAUCCGCAAUGCUUUUAACUGCUCUGGCCGUGGGCCUAGAGCAAUCCCCUGAUUUCCUGCUGUCGAAGCAUUCGCGCAUGCUGGGACCUGGUAACGAGUCGACCCUUCGUCUUCUUUACUAUCCUCCUCUUGGUGCACCAGCGCCAGGAUUGGCUCGUUGUAGUGCUCAUUGCGAUUAUGGAACUUUCACUUUGUUGGCACAGGAUUGCGAAGGUGGUCUAGAAAUACAGACUCCUUACGGUGAACGAUGGGGAAGAGUUGGUCAUCUCCCAGGUGCAAUUUUGGUGAACACUGGCGAUAUAUUAGCGAACUGGACAAACAAUCAAUUACCAGCAUUAAGACACCGAGUUGUUGUACCAGAACAUUGUGGUCGAGGUCGUCAUUCCAUUGCAUUUUUCGUGCAUCCAGAUACUAAUACUCUUAUCGAGCCUUUAGAUACAAAAAUCGCACAAGCCAACCAAGAACCAGCAUUGUGUCGUUUACAGAAAAAGAAACGUGGUGUUAUGACUGCGUAUCACCAUAUUCAACGUCGACUUCGAGAAACUUAUGCUUCUUAACGGUGUUAACACAAUUAUAUCUUUUUGUUUCUGGAUAAAAAUGUCUUAACUUAUCAUUGAAAUUUGAGUUGAAAAAGACUUGAAAUUUUUAAAUACCAAUGUAACAUGAUCAAUUCUUAUGAUUCUAUGACAUUAUACGUUUUUUUUUAAAGAAGCUAAUACACCAAUAAGAGACAGAAUAAUCAACUACCGAUUAUGAUAAAAUGGCUCAUCCAUAUCUGUUUCAAACAAAGGAAAAGUUCCAUCGAUAAAGUGCAAGAACUACAGUGUUGCAUCACGAAGGCAAUAAUAAAGAAAUUUGUACUUACAUUUUGUAAAAAUCCAUUUUAUAUAAAUAAUUUAAUAUGCCAUUAAUAAAACAGAAGACAGGUCAGUGA